AAUCUUAUCAACUAUAAUUCCUUGUGUUGUAGUCUUUUCUUUUUCUUGAAUGGCCAAUCUCAUUGGUGACGAUAUGGACGAGAUCUCAAGAUAUGUUUCCGAUGUCCCCCCUGCUCAUUACACAGUCAAGAUAGAGUCCUUUUCACUGUUAACAAAAAACUCGGUGGAUCGGUUUGAAUCCGGGGAGUUCGAGGCAGGUGGCUACAAAUGGAAAUUGGUACUCCAUCCACUUGGUGACAAAAGCAAGAGUGGGAAUGACCACAUCUCUCUCUAUUUGGCAAUUGCGGGGACCGAUUCCCUCCAACCGAGUUGGGAAGUGUUCGUUGUUUACCGACUCUUUUUGCUCGAUCAGAACAAGGAUAACUACCUCACAGUUGAAGAUGGCAAAUGGAAGCCGAGGCGGUUUCGAGGAAUGAAGAAAGAAUGGGGUUUCGAUAAAUACAUUAGCCUAAAAGAAUUCAACGAGUCCUCCAACGGGUAUCUGGUGGAUGAUGUGUGUGUGUUUGGAGCUGAGGUCUUUGUCUGCAAAGAAACUUUCAAAGGAGGCAAGGGGGAGUGUUUAUCAAUGAUAAAGAGUCCCGUCACUUACAAGCAUGUUUGGAAAAUUGAUAACUUCUCCAAGUUAGAUGCUGAGAGCUAUGAGUCCAAAAUCUUCAAUGCAGGGGAUAAAAAAUGGAAAAUUCGAGUGUAUCCAAAGGGCCGUGGCAGUGGAGAAGGCAGCCAUCUUUCCCUAUUUCUGGCACUGGCAGAUUCCGCUGCACUGCAUCCCGCAACCAAAAUAUAUGCAGAGGUAACGUUGCGCCUGCAAGAUCAGUUGUACUCAAAGCAUCAUUCUGGAAAAGUUUCAUAUUGGUUUAGUGCGUCAAACCCAGAAGUUGGAGGGCCAAGAUUCAUGCUCUUAAACAAUUUCAUACAACCUAACACGGGUUUUCUGGUGAAGGACGCUUUCAUUGUUGAGGCAGAGGUCAACGUCAUUGGAGUGGCCAAUGCAUUCUCUUGAACACCCUCCUGUGCUCUGUUGCAAAACCAUAACUACCAUCAUAUUAUUCUCAGCCUUUGUACUUUACGUGUAAACAAAGUACCGGUCAUGAUCUUGACUCUAGGUAGACAGAUUUAUCAUGGAAGCCAAUAGAAUUUUAUGAAACAAUUGUAUACAUACAAAAUACCAUUGAAAUUGAUAUGAUUUGUUUACAAUCGGAAACAAAUUAACAUUUCAUCA